GGUCGUACCGCGUCUGUCUCUGUCCGGUGAUAACGGAGCUCCUCCGUGCUGCAGCAUGAGCUGAACACCGGUUGACGACUUAAUUGGUUUGGAGACAGUUGAACUUACCGCCCGGUGGAGGCAUGGAGGCUGUGAGCAAGUGGAGCCCGCAACAAGUGGUGGACUGGAUGAGAGGUCUGGAUGACAGCCUGCAUCAGUACAUCCCGUCCUUCCAGCAGCAGCAGGUGGACGGGGAGAAGCUGCUCAGGAUGUCCCACCAGGAGCUGCUGACGCUGGGCGUGGCACGGGUCGGACACCAGGAGCUGGUGCUGGAGGCCGUCGAUCUUCUCUGCGCUCUGAACUAUGGCGUGGAGUCGGACAACCUGAAGACUCUGGUGGGGAAGAUGAGAGUGGCGCACCACCACCUGAGCAGCGCCGUGUCGCAGCGCAGGAAGAACCCCGCCUACCAGAGCAAACACUCCCAUCAGCCCUCCAACGAAUUCCUGACCGCCGUGGUCGAGCUGAUCGGAGCCGCCAAGAGCCUGCUGGCGUGGCUGGACAGGACUCCUCUGACGAGUGCCAACGACUUCACCUCUACCAAAAGCAGAAUCAUCCAGCUGUGUCUGGAGCUCACCUCCACCGUGCAGAAGGACUUAACUGUUUAUGAGAUGGAGGAGAAGAUCCUGGAAGUGUCGCGAGCUCUAAACGGCAUCUGUGAGAAGACGGUCCAGGCGACUGCUGACCCCUCCAAAAGUGAGAUGGCCUGUCUGGAGGAGGUUCACAUCACCAACAUCAAGCCUGGAGAGGGACUGGGGAUUUACAUCAAAUCCACCUACGACGGGCUUCAUGUCAUCACAGGAACAACAGAGAAUUCUCCUGCAGAUAAAACUCAGAGGAUUCACGCUGGAGAUGAAGUCGUUCAGGUCAACAAACAGACAGUGGUGGGUUGGCAGCUGAAGCACCUGGUGGAGAAGCUGAGGGCGGAGUCUGGCAGCGUUGUGUUGAUGGUGAAGAAGAGGCCGUCUGGAACUUCCGGAGGCUUCGCACCUGCUCCGCUGAAAAACCUGCGCUGGAGGCCGCCGCUUGUACAGACGUCUCAGGGAGCUCCGGGUCUCUACAGAUCUCGACAGCCACAAUCCUCAGAGGCUGCUGGGAAUAGGGGGAAGACGGCCAUCCUGGAUUUGUACAUCCCUCCUCCCCCGGCAGCACCGUACGCCCCAAUAGAUGGGAACAAAAAUGUGUCUGUAGGUGUGAAAAUGCGUCCUAAAUCUCCAAACUCGUGUCUGGACGCAGACGUGAGGCGACGCUCGACUGCUGCAGAGGACAACAGAGUGUCUGUGGGCCCCGUGCCUGAACUCAGCCAGCCAAUCCCAGUCCGCCUCAGACAGCGCUCCUCUGCACGCUCUAAACCUCGACCUGUCUCCAUGCCGGUGGAGUCUUUUUCAGGCGUGUCUGACCCGUCCUCCAAGCCCGGGGCUCAGGGAAGGAAAGGGAAGGACAUUCUGCACAGAUACCUGAGCAAUGAGCGGAUCAGCACCAUCACCGAGGAGGAGCCAUGUUUCCCUCUGCCGUACCGAGGCCACCCGUCUGUCCGCGGCGUCGACCACAUCAGAGGCAGCCAGUGCUUCAUAAAUGCCGACCUGCACAACAGCGCCACCAUCCCUUACCAGGAAGCAGCGUCCAAAAAGUCCGCUGCCUCCACCUCUGCUGCUGUUUCUCCUCCUCAGGCUGUAACCAAACAGUCGACGUCGCUGCUCGGCGGCUGGUUGGCUCGUCUCAGGCUGCUGAGCCACUGAGGACGCAAAGCACUGUUUUAAGUUUAUACAUAUACAGACAAAUUAUUCUCACCUGGCUACUGGAAGAGGUUUUAUAUUCUCACCCUGACCCUCAGGAUGUCUGUUUUUAAAUAUCUAGGAAGUAUUUUUUAUUUUUAUUUUUUUCCCCCUCUGGAGAAGUCGUUCAACUAAAUAUUAAAAAUUUGUGGUGAAAAACAACAGAUUUUGGACUUGUGGAAUUUACUCAACAUCUAAUGGAAGAGAGGAAGCUGAAUAUACACCACUCAAUACUGGAAUCUGUUCAUCACUCAUUAGUUUAAUUUUCCAUUUAAUAAACCAGUUACAGAAAAUGAGAACAUUUGAUUUUCCAAAAUGUCAUCUAUUAUCAAAACUUAAAACUAAAUUAAAAUAAAAAUCAAACCUACACUGGAGUUUGUUCUAAAACCUGCUGGUUUCAUUUGGCAAAGUUUUCCGCAGGUAUUUAAACAUUUUAGGUGUAAUUUAAAUAGCAGAAUUUGCUUAAUGGUAGUUCAAAUUUCUGUUUAUGCACUCUAAAACAUUUUGUUUUUAGAUAUUCUUUGAAGAAAUCUUUCUAUCAUGAAAAGCUUUAAAGGUGGUCCUCAGGGAACCAUCAGGGAUCCUCUGAUGUUUUAAGAUCUAAAGACUUUUUACUUUCGUGAAGAUUAUUUCUGGUUCAUGUUAGGUCCCUUUACAUUGAUAAAAUAAUACGCAAGAACUAUAAACUUUCUAACAGAGGUGUUCUGAGUGUAAAAGAAACAGUCAAAUAGGGCUAGCUGGUAUGGCCAAUUAAAGAAAUCUUUUUUUUCUACAGUCAUCUUGAACUUUAGCUGUCUGACAUUAGACAGCAACAAUAGGAAUAUAAAUGGAUUUCAGCUAUUAGUGACUUACCAAAAUUGAGAUUACAUCGAUGGAGUAGAGUUUGUGUCAUCACCAACGUUGUGAUUCUGACUUGGAGACUCUUAAAUCACUAAAAAUUUGUUCUUAUAUAUAUCUGACUUGGUGCUUAAUCACACAGAAGUGCCUGAAAACAAACACAAAAGCCCAUGUCUGUCCUUUAACCAAAUUUAAUGAUCUUCUUUUGUCUUUGCAUGUUGUUUUUAACCCUCACAUGACAAAUUCUUCAAUGCUACAUCUGUAUAGAGAUGUAAACAUGUAAACAUGAAUCCUUCCCGUCUGUACCAUUUAUCACAUAUACCAGAAACGGGACUGACCAUCAAACAAACAAACAA